AUGAGUUCCGAGUCCAGUCACAACGAUGACCCAAGUGGGACAUCCCAGCCUGGCCCCGCCGAACUUCUUACCAAAAUGGAAUGGGCCUCCCAAUCCGAAUGUCCCAAAGAUGCUACUACGAGCAGCUCCUCAUCUGGGUAUCUUCAACUCCCUCCGUACAUCCUCAAAAACUUGACUCCGGUCAGCCCGAGAAGGAACAAGCGGAAAGAUACAUCUCCCAGGCCCCGUUUCAGUGAGCAGAGACGACAGAAGCUACUCAGAAGAUCCCAAAUGAUCGAUCAGAGAAUCGCAGAUAUCAAGAAACAGCGCAGUGCUUUGCUCCAGCUGCGCAUCCGUGCCAUGAACAGCAACUACGAGUCUGCAAAUAGACGGAAACUCGGCUAUUUGGCUGAAGUCAGGAAAAAUGCCCAAAAGUUCUUGAGAUCCAACACGAGCACUUCCACCCACCCCAGUCUGGGCCCCGUGUGUGCUCAGAAAUUAUCCGGUUAUCUCAAGCCGAAGGUGAGCCACAGUCGCCUUCAAUUUCUCCGGCAAAUAUUGUCUCUGGCCCACUUUUAUGACUCCAUCUGGAAGGUUCCCUACAAAACAGCUAUCUAUUUGAUGAGUUCCAAAGAAAAAUACUUUUUGGAGUACCUUACCUUCAUGAAUAUUCCACACUAUGAAGAAAACGAAGUCCGAACAAGCAAACCUUUCAGACCAUUACUUUAUGCAUUUCUACUAAUUAAUGACUUCAACUCGUUUCUUAACGAUGGUUAUGGCCAUCCUGGUUUCAACUCCAACAUCGAUAAUGAUCCAACUGAACGUUUCUAUCACAAUUUCAUUUGCGUACUUUUGUACAAAUUUGCAGACGAGCUUAUACAUGACUUCCGCAGGAUGAUAGAUACUCAAAGUAGCCAGAUAUUCAAUAAGACGUGGAAGUCAUACAGCUUCUUGUUUCGAAUUUUCAGGAAAUUUCACUUUGACAAUGUGAACUCCAUACUUGAGCAAGCGAUUGAGAUAGCUGAUAAACAGGCCGUGAUAUUCACAGAAGAUUCAAAUCUUCAAGAUCGAAAAAAACGUCUCAUCAACGAAAAACACUUACUCAAGAGUUUCAAGAACAAAGAUGAGCUAAAUGACGAAUGUCUAGACUUUUUGAGCUCGUUGAGAUCCAACUUGGAGGUAGUCAAAGCCGAAAAUAGGCCCCAGAAACACAAAAGAAUUAUUAAUUCAGCCCAAACAAUAAUUUACGGAGGAUUGUUGUAUAAAAUUCCGGAGAUUACUAAUUUUCUGGCAUCCAAGUGGAGACUAUACUGGUUUCAGUAUUAUCUUCUUCAACAGAAAUGGCCUUCCCCCAUUCAUAUGAAGUCGGGUCGUACUAGCAUCAGCUUAUCUAUAACACAAGAUCAGAAGUUGUUAGAUGUGGACCAAAUACUAGAAUCAUUGGGUGAGCCUCCUGUAUGUCUGAAGUACUCGAUAUGUGAAGAAUAUACAAAUCGAAGCUACAAUCAUCUAAUUUGUUUUCUCAAAGAUGUCAUAAAGGAUAUUAUUGCAUUCAUUCACAACUUCUGUCCAACCACUAUAACUACUGAUAUAGUAGAUAGAUAUCACCAAAUUUCUAAUGCAACUGUUGCAAACCAUUUGCAAGUGUUGCACUCAUAUUUUGACUGGAUCAUAACGACGUUGACUGGUGAGAACAGACUUGACUUGUUAGGAAUUCCUGAAGAGUGUUGCAUAAUUUUAGCUGAAUGUGAUCAAUUGAGUGAUUUUGUUUUCAAACAAAUUGUUGACAAGGUAAUUAACUUAGAGCAUGUUAUUCACCGAAGAUGGUUCGAGAAAUGCUCUUUUGACGACUUCCAACAUUUCCAAGAGUUUGAAAACAUCUAUACUUUGAUCAAUGCAAAGAAUUUUCUGAGUUUAAGGCCUACUCUUCUCACAAACUCCCCUAAUUUUUUAUUUCCAGAAUUCUAUCAGUGGUUGAGAUCCUUCAAAAAAUACAACCAAUUGAAUAUUUCUAAUUAUGUGCCCAUGAUUGAAGCAAGUUUUUCUAUGCCAAAUAUUAUUUUGCAGGAACAUAAAGAAGAAGCAUUUGCUUACUAUAAGCAACUAUUCGUUGACCUAAUAAUUGAAGGAAAAGAUUCCGAUUUCACGGCCCAUGAGCUCAGUGGGUUAUUUUCGAACAGGUUGAAAAGUUGGAAUUCACAUUUCACUAGAAUCAUCGAAGACAACCUAAUGGUACUAACUGUGACCACAUUCUACUCCUGUUAUGGUACAGUCGCCUACUCGCACCACCUAGAUCCCAAGGGGUUGAAAAAGGCACUUGUGAAUUCUAAGGGUGACCGCUGGGGCGCUAUUCUGAGGGUAAUAAUUGAAGCUCUAGAGCCACAUAGCAUUGAUCCUCGUUUCAAUGAUUUGAGAAAUUACUGUGAUCGAAGUCACGCCCUGGUUGGAAAACUCUUACGGCAAAAGUUGUCGCAACUUUUUGCCAGCUACAAAACGGAGGGCUACUACACGAUUUUGAUCGGAAAUUUCCCCCAUUUUGCCAGGCAAGUCGACAGGGCGAUUUCUGAGUCUUUGCGCGACAUCUUAUAUGUGUACCGAGUGUACCAUCCUCUUUUGAACUGGAUUCAUAUGGACCUAGGGUGCCCCAUGCCUCCCAGGUGA